UUAUUUCACUUGGUUAUCUUUCCUGGAAAACCGAAUUUAUAAUAUAAUUUUUCCUAAUUCCACCGAGACAUGAAUCAUCAUCGACCGACCUUUGUGUGACAGCACUGCGUCGCUAUAUGGCCGUGUCGUAGAUUUUUAUAGUUUCCAUUAUCGUCGUUUGGACACCGGCCCUGCCGUAACGUUUAAGUGCACCGCCAUUUCUGUCGCCUACAAUAGCUCCUCCCUUUGUGGCUGCGGUGGCUCUUUCUCAAAUUGACAAAACCUGGUGAGCUGCAAUUGUCAGAAUGGCGAAGAUGGUGGAAUUUAAAGUAUACAGUAGAAUAAGUAGACAUUGGAAGUCUUCAAGCCACGUGUCCCCCGAAAAGUCGGCAUGUACGUCUGUGGUGUCACUGCCUAGGCUCCGAGCCACAUCGGUCAUGCACGCGCCGCCGUUAUUUUUGAUGUCCUUUUCAUGUCCCUAUCUAUCUUUUAUGCAAUUCAACCUUCUUUUUUUUUAUAUAGUUAUUUCUUUGUUUUGAUUAUGUGUAUUUUUUUUAUUGUAUAACAUAUUGAUAAAUAGAAUUUUAUUGAUAAUACAUGGCAAUGUGGUUGACAUAUGCUGCAUAGAAUAUGAAAAUGAAUGCAAAUUAAGGAAAUUUGUGAAUUUAGAAGGAUGAUGGAUUGAAUUGUUUUGCACAUAAUUAAGCGAGCAAAUGAGAGUGAUGAGGAUCCAUUUUCUUUAAGUAGCAGAUUUUGCGAGGAAUAUCUUGUUGACAUGGAUUGUCUGCAGUGCCUUCAUCCUACGCAUCAGCCACAUGUGACCGAUCACAUAGAACAGAUCAAGAAUAGGAUCACACAGGUUGGUUAUUGUUAAAAAACACGAAUAUGGAGUCUCAGAGGUUGUCAGUGUGUUAUGGAAGAGAAGGAGGGCUUACAAGUCCGGCGCACUUUGAUUUUAAUUGACAACUGUAGAUAUUGUUUCAAGUACAAUCUCUGUCUCUCCAAUAUAUAAUGGUAAUUUAUUACUAAUAAACAUGCAAAGUUAUUGCGAAGCUGCAGCAGGUAGCUUGUGCUUGGCGCUGUAUUGUGAGUUAUCUAUAUUGGUCCUUGGUGAUUGAAUUAAUGCAUAUUGGAAACAUCAGAACUAGUUUAACACAGACUGGGGAGACAAUUUAAAAAUUUUGUAGUCUGCUAUUUGUUUUAUCAGUAAAUAAAUAAAUAAUUGGUGUGAAUAGUUUAAGAACAUUGCAUUUUAUAUUUGUGUUUAUUUAUUUCUUAUUAAUUUUGCUGAUGUUCAACUGCGCUGCACUUACAUGUCAAGUGUUGCUAAAAUGUUCAAGAGAAGUAAAUCCUUUGCCUGUUAAGGAGCUUCAGUUGUCUUCAGAAUAUCAACAAUGGUUUGCGUACGCCUCUGAAGGGGAUGUCUUCUUUUCUGUUGAUGAAUUCCCAAAUUACGGUCAGUUGUCUGGUCAGAAACUGGAAAACCAUAGAGCUGGUGAACGUAAUCCUGAUUCCAGAAAACAGAAUCCUGCAGACUUUGCACUAUGGAAGGCUGCUAAACCAGGCGAGCCAAGCUGGGAAAGCCCAUGGGUUCCUGGAAGACCGGGGUGGCAUAUAGAGUGCGGUGCAAUGAGCGUACAGUGUCUAACCUUCAAGUUUGAUAUCCAUGGUGGUGGAAGUGAUCUAAUUUUUCCACAUUAUGAAAAUGAGAUGACUCGAAGCAUUGCUACAUGCCAAGAAAGCAAUGUGAGUUAUUGGAUGCAUAAUGGGCAUGUUACCAAUAACAACGAGAAAAUGUCAAAGUCCCCGGGUAACUAUUUCACAAUCAGGUAGGUUACUGAAUGAUACCAUCCAUUGGCUGUGAGACAAUUUCUAAUGAGCGCACACUACCGUUCUCCCCUCAGUUACACUGUUUUGCUGCUGGAAAGUGCAUCAGACUCAAUCUUUUACAUUUUUCAGACAUUGCAAGAUUGCGAGGAUGCUUUAUCAUUGUUUGAAGAUGGAAGUUUGAAGGAGGGUGCAGGACAGAAUAGCAAGGUGUUUGGAAUUACUGCUGAUGCCAAAAAAUGCAUCAAUACACAUCGUGAUGAGUUUGAAACAAAAAUGUCACAUGAUUUGAGCACUUCACAUAUAUUGACUGGUGCUUUCCAAGAUGCCUUGAAGUUCAUUAAAAGUUCCAUAAGCAUGCUGAAGAAGAAACUGCAAAAGCAACAACAAUUAUCAUUGAUUCAAUCUCUUACUGAAAUAAAGAAAGAAGUAAAACUGGUAUUGAAUAUCUUAGGACUUAUAUUUGGUGACUCCUGGCACUUUUGGUGAGUAGUUAAAAGACAAGGCAAUUAAAAGGGCUGGAGUAACAGAAAAUGAUGUGCUCCGUAGUAUUGAGGAAAGAACUCAAGCUAAGAAAAAUAAGGAAUUUUCAAGAAGUGACAAGGUGAGGGAUGAUUUGGCUGCUGAAGGCAAUUGCUAAUGGAUGUGGGCAAGGAAACAGUUUGGAGACCAUGUGUUCUGUUGAACAAGACCCGGAGGCCGUAUCUGUUGUAAAAGAGCCAAAUCCACCACCAGCAAUAGCAAGUUGAUGUUUGGUUCCAGCUCUUAGUUGCAAGUUGUAGAGGCCCAAAAACCGGAUUACACAAAAUCAAAUCAAGAAAACUAAUAUUGAUUCUAACCUAACGCUGUUCAUUGUUGUAACAUUGAGGGGCUUUUACUUGUAAUGGCCUUCUUACAGGACACGAUAUAGAAUUCAUCAUAAAUUUGCAAUUUUGUUUUUCCCAUGAAAUCCAGGAAUCUAUGGGUUGGUACU